AGAAAAAAAACCAACCCUACUGCCCGGACGCCAUCUUGAAUUAAAAGGGGGGUUUAAACCAGGGGGAAGCCAGAGAAGGGGGCCGCAGCAGCGGAUGAGACGCGCCAUCUCGUUAUCUCACACGCGUCAAACCACCGCCCGACUGCCGAGUUCCGCGGGCCAUGGCGCCGGGGGGCUGCUGCGCUAAAUAAGAGCGGCCGAGUGAGGGGCACUGCCUGGGGGGUGGGGGUGGGGGGGGGAGCUGUUAGCGGCGGAGCUAGCGCGGCGGUGGGAGGAUUGUUGUUUCCGCCGCUGAAGUUGCUGUGUUUUGUUUAUGUUAUUCGGCGCGGACAUGGCCUCCACAAACCCAGAUAUACCAGAUCCAAAUCUGGGUACGGGGGCAAGUGGGACCCAGGCAACUGGUACGGGCGUUGUAUCAAAAGGGACCAACAAAAGACGGGCUGCGCCAGAAUUUGACGAUGAUGAAGGAAGCAAACUCUUCAGAUGUGACGAUGAUACAGGAGGCUCAAACAAUGACAAGGAGCGCUUUGCUAGGGAGAACCACAGUGAGAUUGAGCGGCGGAGGCGGAACAAGAUGACCGCUUAUAUCACAGAACUGUCUGACAUGGUGCCCACCUGCAGUGCGUUGGCACGGAAACCAGACAAGCUGACAAUCCUGCGAAUGGCUGUGUCUCAUAUGAAGUCUCUGAGAGGGAGUGGUAACACCAAUGCAGACGGGACAUACAAACCGUCCUUCCUCACUGACCAGGAGCUGAAGCAUCUGAUCCUGGAGGCAGCUGAUGGUUUCCUGUUUGUGGUGUCAUGCGAGACUGGCCGUGUUGUUUACGUUUCUGACUCCCUCACACCCGUCCUUAAUCAAUCGCAGUCCGACUGGCUAGGCUCCUCCCUCUACGACCAGCUCCACCCAGAUGACACAGAAAAGCUCAGGGAGCAACUCUCUACUACAGAGAAUAACAACACAGGGAGGAUGUUAGAUCUGAAGACAGGAACUGUGAAGAAGGAAGGUCAGCAAUCCUCAGUCAGGAUGAGCAUGGGAGCCCGUCGAUCCUUCAUCUGCAGAAUGAGGUGUGGCUCAUGUGCGGUGGAGCCCUUGUCUAUGAACAGACUCAACUUCCUCAGGAAUAGAAACAAGAUGGGUUUGGGUCCAGCCAAGGAAGGGGAGCCUCAGUAUGUAGUGGUUCACUGCACCGGUUACAUUAAGUCUUGGCCCCCCACAGGAGUGUCGUUAACAGAUGAAGAAGCAGACAACAACCAGGGGAGUCGCUACUGUCUAGUUGCCAUUGGGAGACUACAGGUAACUUGUUGCCCAGGUAGCUCAGACAUGAGCAGCAUCAGUGUUCCAGUGGAGUUCAUCUCACGCCAUAACUGUCAGGGUAUCUUCACCUUUGUAGAUCACCGUUGCAUGGACACUGUUGGCUACCAGCCACAGGAGUUACUAGGAAAGAACAUUCUGGAGCUAGCACAUCCUGAAGACCAGGGCUUACUGAGAGACAGUUUCCAACAGGUAGUGAAGCUGAAGGGUCAGGUUCUGUCAGUAAUGUUCCGGUUCCACUCUAAAUCCAGAGAAUGGAUCUGGAUGAGAACCAGCUCCUUCACCUUCCAGAAUCCUUUUUCGGAGGAGAUUGAAUACAUCAUCUGCACAAAUGCUAAUGUCAAUAGAACCUCGACUCAGGAUCCUCACACCCCCUUGUCAUCCCCGGGGGAUUCACUGCCCCCCUCCCUGAGUCAGAACAGCCUAAACGGGCCUACUGUGGCACUCAGCCCAGGGCAAGUGGCCACCAGGCAGUUACAGCAGCAGCAGGCAGAACUGGAGGGAGGUGGAGGAAGGGAUGGUCUAUACGAGUCAGGACUAAUCACCCUCCCUCAGAUGCCGGUGCAGCCAGUGACGGCGGCAGGGCCGGACCACAGUAAGAGUCUCGAGAAGCCAGAGCUCUACCCUUCCCUUUACCCAGGCCCAGAUCAGACCAAGAGCCUUCCGUCCGCUUCUACUCCAGCCGCCCAGAUCUACCCUCCAACCAACAACUUUGCCUCUGCCCGCUCAAACGGUCCAUACAGGCCCGUUAGUAUGACCCCUCAGAUGGUACAACCAGCCCAUACAGCUGGGCAGAUGUUGGCGCAGAUGUCCCGUCAGAAUGGAGCUCCCCAAACAGCCACACCUUCCAGCACUGUUAGCCCCCUUCAGGGAGGGCCUGCAGGAGGUUGGCCUGGGGCCGCGGCAGGAUCCAGACCAACUUUCAAUAACCAGCAGGUGGCAACCCAGGCCGGGAAGACAUUGUCUCCUCAAUUUGCUGCCAUGGGGGGAUAUGGAAGUGGCUCAUCAAACUCCUUUGGCCAGAUGCCCACAGGUGCUGCUCCCACCCCUACCAGUGGGGGGGACUACCCACCCAUCAAUGCACGUGCCAACCUCAACACCAAUGGUUAUGAUGGUUUACAGUCUGGGGCACAAUUCCCCUCCCGGGCAGCAGAGGCAGUAUGGCCUCAGUGGCAAGGCCAGCAACACUCCCAGAAUAACACAGAACAGCACCCCCAUGCUCAAGGCAAUCAACAGGACAUGUUCCCAGAUGUGCUGUCUAUGCUGGACCAACCUGCCAAUUUCAACAACGACGACUUUGAGAUUCCCAUGUACCCUUCAUUCAAUGAGUGACCCCAGCCUUCUGUGCCCUUUUGCCCUUCUUGUCUUCCUUACUCUCACUCAAGCUUUCUCACAUUUAGCUCUCUGGCUCCUCUUUUGUCUUGCCAUUGCUGACCCUGAGAGUAGCACUCUUCCCCCUUGCCAAGCAUGGCUUAGAUUGCACUGCUGCAAGCCAGUUAAGAAUGGAGGGACUGACUUCACCACAGAGAACCAGGGGAGGACGGUCAGGAACUGCUACAGAGAAAAACGGGGGUGGGGGGGAUUUUUCCGACGGUCUCCAGGCCAUUGUGAGAGAAUUCCUCUGCUAGCACUGCCCAAAGCUCUACAACUCACGAUGUUGUACAUAUGUGAUAUACUGUAUAUACAGUAAGUGCACAAUCACACCAGUAGAACAGUAUGGAUAGACCGCACCAGAGCACCCUCUUAUGCACUCUGGCUUCCAACAUACAGAGACACACACAAAGGCCUUUUGAUCAUAAAACCCUCAUAUAUUAUGAUUUCUCAGGCAUAUAUUUAUAUACAAAGCUGUAUCAUAUUAUUGAUCCCUAUAUCUUAUAAAUGCUUCUCUCCAAUCAUCCAUCUUUAACUCUCAGGAAAUCACAAGGAUAUAGCUUUGGUCAUUUUACAUUCUCGACACAAACCACAUCUCUCUGUGCUGGGCUCGCCGUCUCAGCCAUGCGGCGUGCGGCUGCAUGUCGGAGCGCACUCGCAUGGCUGCACACACACACACACACACACACACACACACACACGGCUGCUUCCACGCUGCAGAUUUGACACCGAUGAACACUUGUGUGUUCAGGCCACCGCUGACCUACGCUGUUUUAGGGGCCGUGUAGAAUUUGUGUUAGCUGAAUAGCCUCGUUUAACAAGCGAGAAAGAGCAAAUCGAUGGACGCGUAUGUGCCCCCCGUUGUAAUGUGUAUGUUUUGCGUACACCGAAAACCCGCCGCCAUCCGUAUUUGCAGUGGAUGCAUACGGCUUAAUUUAAACUUGAACUCAGAUCCUGGGUUGAUUCCCUCCUUCCUCUGUUACCCUGGGUGUACUCCCAGCACAUGCUUCCUCCUCUUACUUAUAAAGUAGGGGCUUUUUUUUAUAUAUAUAUAUAUAUACUCGGGAGUCAAACUAUCUGUUUUUCCUCUUUUUUUUAUACGUGAAAGGUGGAAGAAGAAAUCCAGCAAUACUAAACAAGCAGGAAUGAUGUACUCUAAAAGCCAUUCUGUAUCGUCGUCCUCGGUGUGCGUUUUGUUCUUUCUCUCCGUCGUUGCUAUUUGAAAGUGAAGAGACGUCGUAGUAAUGUCGACUUGACAUGUUUCCCAUUACUCUUUGUUGUUGUUUCGGGGCUUUGGGUCUGGGUUGACCUCUUCCAUCACCCUCUGCCGACCUCUUCGUCGGCCUCUGUUGAUCGGCGUAAGGUAAUAAUGGUGCAAUCAGGGUUGUUUCAGGAUACAAACGGAAUAAUAAGUAUAGAGCCGUAACCAUGUUUUCCUCGACCAGAGAACCUUUUUUUUUUUUUGCGUUUGAAAUUCGUCGUUUGUGAGGUACGCACGUUUGGACUGUGACUGAAUCGCUGCCAACAAACCCCGACCAGACGCCCCCCCCCCCCCGCCUCGCCCGAGAGGCGGCGUGACAGCACUACGCAGCGGUGCUGUUUCACAUGACACAUUAUGCAAGUUCAAGUCCAGGAUAUUUAAUUCUGAAGUGUGUUCUGGUUUUGAUCGGCCCCCUUGUCUCACAGCGUCUGUGUGUGUGUGUGUGUGAGCCCAUACCGUGUCAGUAGUCUCCCGUCUUUCCUUCUGAAGAGGGCGGUGUCGUCUUGUUAUUGUUUAAACCCUCUUCGGUUGCUCAGUAUCCAGGUUUUUACAAGGAUGUGAACUGCAGUUUGUAUCACAUAGAAACACAAAUAUAUAAAUAUACUGUAUAUGUAUGUGAAAUGUUACACCAGAGAGAAGAACUGUUUGGUUUUUGUAUUAAAUUGUUAUAUU